AUGGCCGGUCCCUACCAAGAGCCCCCCUUCACACUUACACAGGUCUCCGGUUUGGGUGUGGUUCCCAAGAAGUCACGGUCGGUGCAAAAAUGGCGCUUGAUUAUGCAUCUGUCAGCACCACAGGGCCACUCAGUGAACGAUGGUAUCCCUGUCGACAAAUUCUCUGUACAGUACUGUUCGGUCGACGACGGCGUAAAUCUCGCACGGUCCCUAGGCCGUGGCUGCCAUCUGUGGAAGGUCGACCUCCAAGACGCAUUUCGCAUUUGUCCAGUACGGAAAGAGGACUGGGAACUAUUAUGCCUGUUCUGGCGCGGGCAAUAUUACGUGGACAAAUGCCUACCCUUCGGCCUUCGCUCAUCACCGUCGCUGUUUAACAAAGUCGCAGACGCCCUCCAGUGGGUCAUGUCGCACAACUUCGACGUAGCCCCAGUCAUCCACUACUUAGACGACUACCUUGGUGGAGCGACGGACUCUAUCGGCGCACAGCACCAGCUCGACCGUGCCCUGGUAGCCUGCCACGACUUAGGCUUCCCGGUCAAUCCAAAAAAGGUGGAAGGCCCUAGUACAACCCUGACAUUCCUCGGUGUCAUGCUGGACACAGAGCGCUUCGAAAUCCGCCUCCCAUCCGACAAGUUAGAAGACCUUCUCAUUGCCCUCAAGGCUUGGCAACAUACCCGCCCUACCGCCCGCAAGCCUGAAUUGUUGUCCCUGAUAGGUCACCUCAGCUUUGCCUGCAAGGCGGUCCCUGCGGGCCGCAUGUUUCUGCGCCGCCUCAUUGAUCUCAGCACGACGGUCCCGCAUCCACACGAUUACAUCAGAAUCACAGAAGACGCCAAAGCAGACAUCCAGUGGUGGCUUGACUUCCUCCCUGCCUGGAAUGGCGUCGCCUUCUUCCUAGAACCCACGUGGUCAGCCGCCGCCGAUAUGGACCUCUACACGGACGCAUCUAGAGCCAUCGGCUAUGGUGCUUUCUUCGCCGGCCGGUGGCUCCAACACCGGUGGCAGAGGCACCAAUCCCAGAGAUCCAUCGCGUGGAUGGAGCUCUUUGCCAUCGUGGCCGCAGCAUCCACAUGGGCACCGCAGCUGCAUCUGAAGCGCAUCCGCUUCCACUGCGACAACCGUAGCGUAUGCGACAUCUGGCUCCGCUCACGCACAAAGUGCCCCGACUUAAUGGCGCUGGUACGCACUUUGUUUGCCAUUGCUGCCCGACACAACUUUCACGUCAUAGUCUCCCACAUCCCCGGCACUGACAAUGCGAUUGCUGACUCUCUGUCUCGGUUUCAGAUGGCCCGAUUUCGCCGACUGGCACCCACAGCAGAAGACACGCCAUCUCCGGUGCCCGAGAGCACCUACUCCCUCUGA